AAAACUAUUAGAUGCAUUCUUUGAAGAAUGAUCCACGAUAGUAUUGCUGCUCAUGUGGUUCAUAGUCAUGAACAUGAAGUUUUCUUGCCUUGAAAAAAUUACUAGAGAAGCUGGUGGAAACAGAGAUGGAUACACAAUACAAAUUGAUUUGGCGGUUGAUUCGUCUAAUGUUGACCUAGCUCGUCUCAACGGCUACUAACGGGAUAACAUUUUCCGCAAUGAAACACGUGAAAACUUAUUUAUGCAACAAAAUGAGCGAUGAAUUUCUCGCUGAUUGCUUAACUGUUUUGUUUGAGAUAGAGUGUGUUAUUGGUAUAGAUAAAGACCGUCAUGUACAAUUGACAUUGUAAUGAAAAUUAUAGUCAUCAUUUGUUUACGAUAUCGAAUUUUCUAUUCAAAUGCGGCCCACUGCUCUACUAUGUCUCGAAUCCGCCGCUGCAUGACAACAUUGACAUCACUGAUCAAAUGGCUAUGCACAUCACGAACUUGGCUCCGUGGCAAUUCUCCUCUCCAAUCGUACGAUGGAGCAACGAAUAGUAUCAUUGGCCAGCCAUAGAGGACUUGCUUAGUAACGACGGAAAACAAAAAACGAACAAGUGGGCUUGGAUUGGCAUGACUGCAUCAACUGAAGGGAACGCGCUAUGUUCUGGUGGAGACGUGGAGCUACCUUAACGCCAAAGAGACGAACUCAAACUGCAGUUUCCCCAUUUCACCCUCCUCCGUCGGACAAAGGCCAAACGGAAAGUCUUCUUUUCUAUUUACUUUGGUAACAGAAGAAAAAAAAAAAAACGAACAAUUGCUGUCAAUUUAAUGAAUACCGACAAAAGCCAGCAGGAAAUAGAGCCCCACCGGCCACCACCACCGCUCAUCCUCAACCUCAAUCCUCCAUUUGUUUCCUUUUUUUUACUAAUCUCGAAUUAGCACACAUAAUCCCGUUUUUGCAUAUAAAACAUCUCCCGGAGAAGAUCCCAACUCUUCAUCAACGUAACCCCAAUUAAGAAAAAAACAAAAAAAAAAAGAUUAAAGAAAAAAAGAAGGGGGGAGAGAGGAGGAUAAUUAUAAAAAAAAAUAAUUAGUAGGGACAUAAUUAAAUUACAAAGAGGCCGAGUCGUGACUCGUGGGUGACCCGGUGCCCACCUGGCCAUCCACUAGGAGAAAUAAAAAAAAAAAAAAAAUCCAGCCUUUUUCCGGGUGUUCUUCUCUCUGCAGAUAUUUUGAUCUCGGAGAUUGAUUCUUUUUGGGUUUCUUUCUCUCCUCCGUCUACUUUUUAUUUCUUUUUUUAUAUAUUUAUAAUAAAAUCUCCCCUCUUCUCUUCUUCCCCUUCUCCAUUACUGCCUCCCUUUCCUCUGAUCGACAAUGGCGGAGGAAAAGAAAUACAUUACCAGCGAGGAUCUGAAACAACACAACAAGCCGGGGGACCUCUGGAUCUCGAUCCAGGGGAAGGUCUACGACGUCUCCGAGUGGGUGAAGCGGCACCCCGGCGGCGAGGUCGCCAUCGCCAAUGUCGCCGGCCAGGACGUCACCGACGCGUUCAUCGCCUACCACCCGGGUACCGCGUGGAAGAAUCUCGACGGCCUCUUCACCGGCUACCACCUCGAGGACUACGCCGUCUCCGACGUCUCCAAGGACUACCGCCGCCUCGCCGCCGAGUUCUCCAAGCUGGGCCUGUUCGACAAGAAGGGCCACGUCGCCGUUUCGGCCCUGGUCGCCGUAGCGGUGCUGUUCGCGUUGGUUGUAUACGGCGUCGUUUGCUGCGAUUCCCUUUGGGCCCACCUCGGAGCCGCGGUGCUGCUAGGGUUCCUGUGGAUCCAGAGCGCGUACGUCGGUCACGACUCGGGUCAUUACCAGGUAAUGACGACGCGAGGGUACAACAAGCUCGCCCAGAUGCUCGCCGGGAACUGUCUCACCGGGAUCAGCAUCGCGUGGUGGAAGUGGACGCACAACGCCCACCACCUCGCCGUGAACAGCCUCGAUUACGAUCCGGAUCUGCAGCACAUCCCGGUGUUCGCCGUCUCGACCCGGCUCUUCAAAUCGAUCCGAUCCGUCUUCUACGGCCGGAACCUGGAUUUCGAUCCGGUGGCGAGGUUCCUCGUCAGCUACCAGCACUGGACGUUCUACCCGGUGAUGUGCGUCGCCAGGGUGAAUCUCUACCUCCAGACGUUCCUCCUCCUCUUUUCCCCCAAACGAAUUGUACCAGACAGAGCGUUGAACAUAGCUGGGAUUUUGGUUUUCUGGACCUGGUUCCCUCUUUUGGUCGCCUGCCUGCCGAAUUGGCCGGAGAGGUUCGCUUUCGUGCUGACUUCCUUCGCCGUGACGUCGAUCCAGCACGUUCAAUUCUGCCUCAACCAUUUCCCGGCGAAUGUGUACUUGGGUCCGCCGAGGGCCAACGACUGGUUCGAGAAGCAGACGAGGGGCACGGUGGACAUCUCGUGCCCGUCGUGGAUGGAUUGGUUCCACGGCGGGCUGCAGUUCCAGCUGGAGCACCAUCUGUUCCCCAGGCUGCCGAGGUGCCAGCUGAGGAAGGUGUCGCCGGUGGUUCAGGAUCUGUGCAAGAAGCAUAACCUGCCGUACCGGAGCUACUCGUUCCUGGAGGCGAACGUGUGGACGAUCAAGACGCUGAGGGCGGUGGCGGUGCAGGCCAGGGACUUGGCUAAUCCUGUGCCCAAGAACUUGGUGUGGGAAGCUGUUCAUACUCACGGUUGAGGGUUUUUCAUUGUUGGAUGAAAUCCAUCUAUCCAGGGGGAAGUUCUUUUUGGAAAAUUUCUUCCUCUUUUUGUUGUGUUCUUUACUUCUGUGAAUUGAGAACUGGCCCAACUUGCAAUUUACAGUGUAGAGUUGUUCCUCGGUUUCAAUUGCUUAUUAUGUUUUUUCGGUUGCCUUAUUGCUGGUAGACUGCAACUACAAUCUGCAAGUCCUCAUUGCUGAUUGCGACAAUGGUGGCAUCCUUAAUCAAUUACUAAAUAUCCAGGUUGAACACGGACUACGACGAUGGUGUUUGGGCCUUGCCUAGCGUCUAACUCGUUUAUAUAUAAGUGUGUUUAUGUGUUGUCUAAGUGUGUGAUUAGACGUUGGAAGCAAAAAUAUGUUGAAUGAUUGACUGGAAUACCAAUUUACAACACUUUCAUAUUUCAAUUUAAAUGAUUAUAACUUAACUCUUAAGAAACCGGAAAAUAGCUUACAAGCUCAUAGAGAUAGGAUCAUAGUUUAAUAGCUCAUAAAGUUUUUAAGCUAUUAAAAAAAAAACCGAGUUUGUAGAUGAAGUUGAUUGGGCUCUUUGAUACUAAUGGUCUAGCUCCACCUAACUGUACAAGGACGACAUUCAGGAUGUUCUCGUUAUUCGUUGUGUAUUUUCGAUACUUAACUCGGUGAGUGACUUCCAAGAUAAGACGUUAUUGUCUUUCGUUAUGUCGCAGGUUGUCCUCUAAUAUUGCAAUCAAGUUGUCCUAAAGAGCAUUUGGUUCGAAAUUAGUGUCUUGCUCAAUCUGUUUAGCCGUCUUCAAUAGAGCAAGUUCCAGACAUAUAUGCAGGAGUUCUGUUCCGAGCCAGAUGAGAAUAUGCUCCUGGCUCCUGACACAAGAUUAACCACCAGGUGCAGCCGAUCUCCUAGUAGAGCUUGAAGAAUCAGAAGCUUGAAGAAGAAAGCACGAUGGACCCCACAGUUCCUUAGCUCUAUGAGGCGUUUGAAUGCAAUAUUUCGAUGAGGUAUUUCGGCCGAAAUAAGAGUUACAUGUUAAUCAAUCGGUCUCUUUUCUAAACUACCAGUAGCAUAACCUGAUCGAUCCUUACCACUGUUAUCAGUACUAGUUUUUAACACAGGACCAAAACAAAUAUGAAAACAAGAGCCUCUUUGUCGAUUAUCAAUUCUAUCAUACGCUAACUUCUUUUUCUGCUCCCCGCCGGCGAAUGAUCAAUCGGAUGUCUAAUUUGGUCGCGAUUUGGCUGAUUUUCUUGGAUUUCAUGGAGCUGGUGAAGAAAUGGAGAUUGUGACUAAUUACGCAGAGACAUAGUUUGGGACACGUGUCGUCGAACGAUUUGUCGUUUAAAGGGAUCGCAGAGGAGCCGCCACGUGGGCUUUAAAAUUUAGUUUGAUUACUUAAGUCAGUUAAGUGCACACAAGCUUAGGCUGUAAUUUUCCCGCUCUUUCUUUUUCUCUGAGAAUGCCGAGACGAACAGUGUCUUUGGCCGGGAGAAGAUUGAGGUUAUUUAGGGUCAAUCAAGCAUUGGAAGCACU